GCCGGCGUCCGCGGGGCCGUGCAGGGCGAGAGGAUGUCCCGAGUGCCGGUGGGGAAGGUGCUGCUGCGGAACGUCAUCCGGCACACGGGCGCGCACAACAAGAUUCAGGAAGAGACAGAAAUGUGGAAAAUAAGGGAAUGGGAGAAGCAGACAGAAGAGACUUACUGGAAAAGGCAAAGCAGAAUGCUGUCGGACACCUCCAGCAGUCGGAUGCGCAGUGAUGGCUUUGAUGAGGAGGGUCACAGGGCUGACUGGAAAACAAAGAACUCACAAUUUCUUGACCUAGUCGAAGAUGAUCUCCUUAGGGCCCGAUCCUGGAAUAAAAAGCUGUAUGAAUGUGAAGCCAACAUGCCAGACAGAUGGGGUCACAGUGGCUAUAGAGAGUUGUACCCUGAAGAAUUUGAUACGGAUAGUGACCAGCAAGAAGGAGAUGAACAAAAUGCUAUCAAUGGGAAGAAGAAAUCUCAUCUGGGAAAGCAAACUGCCCGUGAGUCACACAAACGGAAAAAAACAAAGAAAUCACACAAGAAGAAGCAAAAAAAGCGAUCACACAAAAAGCGAAAGAAAAAGAAAAAGGAGCAGGGGAGAACAUCAUCAGAUUCUUCCCAGGAGAGCGAGUGCUCAGAAGAGGAGACUUCAAGCACCCGGAAAGGGAAACACAAGCGCAAGAAAAAGACCAGGAAAGUGCCUGCCAGGGAACCUCCCUCCUCUUCUGGGCAGGAAAGUGACUUUUCUCAUGCAAGCAGCUCAACCACCAGCAGCUCUGAGGACAGUGAAUCUGGGGAGAAAAAAGAGAAACGGCCCCCAAAAAAGAGAAAGAGACGUCACAAUUCUGUGUCAGAGAGGCACACCGAAGUACCAGAGAAGAGGAGCAAGAGGAAGAACUGGAAAGUGGCUGCUGAUGAAAAAUCAGAGGAUAGCUCAGAUGAGGACUGAUGAGUCUAGGCUGCAGCUCAAACAAUAAGGUAGAGGACAGAGGCAGGUAUUUAUCUUUCAGCACUGCCCCGUGGUACAACUUGUUUCAACACUGUGGUUUAUAUACAUCCUGCCAGCCCACAGGGGAGAAACUGUGGGAGUCUGGGCAGGCUGCAGUAGGUGUCCCCUUGCUUUUCAUUGACUUGACGUUCAGAAAACCAGGGGAGCAGUUGCCAGUCUCACAGGUUGGCUAGUCCUGCCAACUUCAGAUUCUUUUUCUGUGACCAGAUUGACCUCUGAUGCACGAAAAUGUUAUAGGCUAUCUGCAGGGGGAAAGCAGGCAUGUUUGCACCUUUUUUUAUUUUUUUUAAAAAUUAAGUUUUAACAGAUUGCUUUUUUGGGUUACCAAAUCAAUGACCAAGACUUGAAAUAGGAGAGGGGAGAGACAAAAGGUCUGAUAACAGAGGAAAUGUCACUGGAUUUAACCCUACGGUAGCUUUGUCUUCCCAUCCUCCAACAAAAGCAGACCUGUGUGGCGGCAUGCACACGGUCAGCUGGACACAGAAGGGAGCAGGAGGGAAUGCUCUCAUUCCAGCUGAAGGUGCGGUGACUCCUUCCAUAAUGAUGAAGAAAAGACACCAGUGCAUUUGCUUGUUUUAGACUUCUCUCCAAAUCCUGGCAUGGGCUGGCCAUUGUGCCUGCCUUUCCUUCAUUCUCUCUAGGGGGAUGCUGAAACCAUUUGUGCUGACAGAGAAGCCUUGGUGGGUGUUGUGUUCUGUCUCUGGUCUGCCCAAUGUAUUACUGGAGGAAUUGGUACUGGGCCGUUCUCCCUGCAGUUGAACAGCCAAGCCUUUUAACAAAAUAAAUAAAUCCAGACAUG